AUGUCUUCCUCAUCUCAAGUCCUUCCCCCAGGCAUUGGACCUUCCGAACAUCGCCAAUUCUUCGAUGAGCUUGCCAAAGUUGUUGGCGACGAAAAUAUCUCGCGGGAUGCAUCAACGGGCGCCUUGAUUGGCCCUCAUCAGCAGCAGAGCUACGGCGAUCCAUACGCCCUCGUCAAUCAAGAUCAGCACUUACCUAGUGGUGCCGUUCGACCAGCGUCUGUAGAGGAGGUACAGCAAGUUCUCCGACUGGCAAACCGAUUCAAAGUCCCUCUUUGGACGAUAUCACGCGGUAGAAACCUUGGCUAUGGUGACUCGGCACCUGCUGUGGCAGGGAGCGUGGUCCUUGACUUGCAUCGAAUGAACCGCAUAGUGGAGGUCAACGAGGCCGAUGCGUACGCUAUUGUGGAACCGGGUGUCUCUUUCUUUGACCUCUACGAAGAGAUCAAACGGCGGGACCUCGCGCUCUGGCCCUCUUGUGCCGCCAUCGGAUGGGGGUCUGUCGUUGGCAACACGCUGGACCAUGGCUUCGGUUAUACUCCUGACGGCGUGCACACAGAAGCGCAGUGCGGCAUGGAAGUCGUCCUUCCUACAGGCGAACUGUUGCGUACUGGCAUGGGUGCCAUGGCUGACAGUCGGCUGUUCCCUCUCUACAAAGCCGGAUUCGGGCCAAGCGUAGAUGGUCUUUUCUACCAAUCCAAUCUAGGCGUGGUGACUAAACUAGGCAUCCAUAUUACCCCAGCACCCGAGGCGUACACCGCUUGUGAGCUGAGCGUGCCAAACGAGGGAGAUCUCCCUCAGCUCGUAGAACUCCUUGCGAAUCUACAACGACGAGGCGUGGUCACCAAUCACCCCUCCAUUUCUAAUGUUUUUCGCCAGGCUAUCCUGUCGCCGGACGAUGCUGUUAAAGCAAAACUGGCACCGCAUUUUGGCCCUGGCAAGGCCGUGCCGGAGAGCGUACUGGAUGAGCUAAAGUCAUUUCAUGGCUGGGGAUUCUGGAAAGCCGAGUUCGGUCUUCAAGGCGACGCAGAUGUGGUGCCGGCCCUGGAGAGCUCACUGCGCCGAGCCAUCACAAAGAUCCCCGGAGCCCAGCUUGAAGUAAAGCACUUUGGUGGUAUCGCAGGCAAAUUCCUUCGAGGACAUGAAGUCGGGACGAAGUCUGUACCCCAUAGUGGCGUUCCGACGCUGGAGCCGCUGACCCUGAUGGACUACCGCCUGGCGCAGGGAAGCGGGCACACAGACUUCGCCCCAGUCGUCCCUACCUCAGGCCCAGGAUUGCUAGAAUGGUACCUAUCAGCGAAGGAGAUGGUCUCUGCGGCAAAGCUGGACUUCUUCGCCGAUUUCCACGCCUACUCUCGGUACAUCAUUCCGAUUGUCUUGGUUGUAUAUGCCCCUGAGGAGAAGGAGCGGGUAAAGGAACUCGGCCAGAAACUCAUUGAUGAUGCCGUCCGUCGUGGGCUCACUACAUAUAGAACUCACGUUGAAUUUAUGGAUCAAAUCAGAGGUCACUUCUCAUUCAACGGACAUGCCCUUGCCAAGCUCGUUGAUAGCUUCAAGGCCAUGAUGGAUCCCAAUGGGAUUUUGUCACCUGGCAAAUCGGGUAUUGGGAGAACUAAGUAA